UGUGUUUAUUAAUUGAGUGAGAUUUGGGGUAUUCAGUCGACUGGCAACUCUUCAACCUCAAAAUCAUAUUCGGUGGAAAAAAAAUAUCCAACCAAACCAGAAAUCCCAUUUCCAAAACCCUCGUCGACGUCGCCUCGGGGAGCGCCAACGCCGACGCCGUCGCCGCGGCCGCGCCAAGAGCCACCGCCCCAACUCCGGCGAAGAUGGAUGCGAAGGUGGACGAGAUGAGCAAGGCGUACCAGGAGCUCGUCGCGGCAGCGCAGGCCAUCCUGGAGGCGCGGCGGCAGCCGGGCGGAGAGAACACGGCGGCCAUGGACGCAGCGCGCGAGGCGUUCGAGCAGCGCCGGAAGCUCUUCGCCGUCGCCUGCGACGACGCCGACGCGCUCGUCCAGUCGGCUCGCCAGAGUAUCGUCUCCGACCCCGGGCGCUUCGUCGACGUGGUGACCACCCCCGACGAGGAUUCGGUGCGCUCUCCGACGAGGUCCUCCGCGGAAUCCUCCUCGUCGAGCGGAUUCGGUGCGCUCCCCGACGAGGUGCUCCGCCACAUCCUCCUCCGCCUCCCCUCCGCCGCCGCCGCCGCGCGGACCAGCCUCAUCUCCCGCCGCUGGCGAAACCUCUGGUCCACCCUCCUCCCGAAGCUGCGGUUCCCCGGCGUCACUGACCUCGCCCGCGUCGGCGCCGCCCUCCGCCUCCGCGUCGCCCCGGUCCGCCUCCUGCGCAUCGAGAGCAGCGACCGCGCCCCGGAUAAGAUCGUCGCCGUCCUCCACUUGGCCGCGCCCCUCCUCGAGGGCAAGCUCUGCUUCGACGUCAUCACGCCGGCGGCAGCGGCAGCGGGGGCGGCCGGGACCGGGGGCGCGAUUCAGAUCCCGUGCUUCGAGAAGGCCACGGAGAUCACCAUCCGCUUGCGCGGCCGCCUCGGCAUCCAGCUGCCACCAUCCGGCGUCUUCGCGAGGCUCACCGCGCUGAGCUUGAGCCACUGCAGGUUCGACGACCAGGGCCAGCGCGAUCUCGGGGACGCCGUCUCGUCGGAGGGGUGCCCGUCGCUACGAGAGCUCCGUAUCCGCGAUGCCGAUGUGGUGUCCAAUCUAGCCAUCCGCUCGGAGUCUCUCCGCCUUGUUCAGCUGUCUCGACUGGAAGGGAUUCGUCAGCUCACCAUUUCUGCUCCUGCGCUUACAGAACUAGAUUUGUACGCUUGCUUAUUGUGGGGGAUGCCAAUGGUUGACAUCUUUGCUCCAGCACUGGAGACACUUCAUUGGGUUGAUUUUUUCAGUUCGAGUUCAGUCCGAUUUGUUGAGAAGCCCAACGUCCAUAGACUCUCCGUCUAUGGCAUGGUGUAUGGACGUCGAAAUACUCCAGGCUCUCUGCAACUCGUGCAGCAUUUUACAGAAGCCCGCGAUGUUCAUCUAUCUCUUGUCUAUCCCUCUAUCAUGGAUAUGUCCUGUGAGCUCCUGGUGCAAGCAGUGAAAAAGCUCCCUGCCGUUGAAAUCCUAUCUCUGCGGUUAUUAACAAUAGGACAUACCUUUGGACCUUGUGUUUACCAUUUGCUUAAGAUGUCUACUGGUAUAAGGGAGCUGAAGCUGAAGUUAGAAGAUCACAUUGCGGAUGGAGAAGUUCCUUGCUCAUCUGGCUGCGUUUGUUACGAGCCCCAGGCCUGGAAAAAGAAUAAUAUCAGCUUGAAUUUUCUCCAGAAAGUUGAAAUCAACAAUUUGAGUGGAGCAGAGCGUCAAAUAUAUUUUGUCAAACGACUGUUGAGAUGGACGAUGCCAGAGCUCAAGACGAUUACUCUAAGUUUUGAUCCUUUGGUUACUGUCAGCGAGAAGGUGUCUAGGAAGCUACUUAGCUUCUCUACCCCAGGGAUUUGCAUGGAAAUUUACUUGCACCGCAAUGGAACUAGGGUAAAGUAUAGUGCAGCGAACUAGACCUAGAGGUGAUUAACUGACGAUGAAAUGGAGCACAGUAAUCACUGAAACCAGGCAAAUUCGGGCCUUCCUUUCAGAUCAACUAGGGUUAAGGAUGUCCGUCUGUCAUGAUACAGGAUUGUCGUAUACUUGGUUAUGGUUGAUUGCACGACUCACAACUUGCGCCUUAAUGUGUGUUUACAUGCUCUGAGGAAAGUUUUCAUCCUGCUGGUGAAAAUUGUCUGAUCGAAAGUUUGUUCCAUUUAAAUGUGAAUGCUGCCUGACCGAAAGGUUCAAAUAUCUAGUUUCCAAUCUCUAAUUUUCUCUCAUAGCAAGGUAAGUAUUGCUUGUGCUGUAUCUGUGUUUUCUUUGCAGAAGCAUAUGACUUGUUCAUUCUGCUCCAGGCACUAGCUAGUUCACUGUUCAAUACUGCUGUCGGAGGAUUAUAUCAGUUAUCAUAGUGUGAAGAGCUCGUCCACCUGGGUUUUGAACACAGUCGAUGUCUGAUUGUUCCAACUCCAUAUAUGCAUACACCAUCAAUAUAGCAUACUGUCAUAUCGAUGUGUUUGUGUUUGUUAUCAGAUAACUUCCAUGUACUCAUCAUCUAUAUGACACUAUUAUGUGUUUCAGUUUGAAGAUAGACGUGAAUGAUGUGAUGACAAGGGCCAUCAUCUUUGUUUUCACAUCAUGCCGUUGUCGGCUUGUGGUUUCAGCCUGGUGACCCGCCUUCAAUUCUCCUAUACGCUGAAUUUAUUGUUAACUUGUUACAGAGUUCCUUCUUGGUUGUCCCAUGCUUUUUAUACAACCUUUGUUCCAAAAUAUAGCAACCUAGGAUGGGAUAGGUUCUGUCCGGAUUUGUUGUAAUGUAGUGUCGCAUGCAUCUGGUUCAGGUUCAGGUGAUAUUAUGGAAUGGAUAGAGUAUGUGAGUUUGAUUA